CCCAUUCACCUCUGGCUCGCCUUGCCCUGACCUCGUAGGGCAGCCUGGACCGAUUGAGCAACAUAAAAAAUCCCACCCUCAGUUGUUUUCCUCCCUCCCUGACGUGUCGUCUCUCGGCCAGUCUGGAACAGUGGGAGUCCACGAAGACGCUUUCUGCGAAUCCACCGAGUCACUCAGUCUCCGGGAAGAAGCCAUCGGCAGGCCUGAUAGUUUAAAUGCUGAUGUUGACAGUGAUUUGGGUGAACUGGAUUCUCAGCUAGACGCCCAGUUUGAGCCAAACCACCCAGGAGGCGACCAGAGAAUCCCAGACUGUAUCGUGGAAUCAGUGAUGAAUGAAGAUCAAGUUGGGGAUGAAGAGCAAGGGGCUUUCUUUGAAUCUAUUGGACAAAGAGUGAGGAGGGAGAGAGCAAGCAGGAGGUGUGGUGUAGAGAUGGAGGAGCCAGUAGAUCUAGUGAAAGAUACCGACUCGUCAGACAGAGAGAGGGCGAAGCAUGAGGAGGCAGAAGGGGGCAAGAUGCUAGAUUUUGAGGGAGACUGGCCCACUGAGCGAUCUCUUGAGCAGCGACAGGUGAGGAGAAGAGAGAGGCCUAAUGAGAUGAAUGUGAACGAAGCUGGAGCAGGAGCCAUUGAUGAUGAAGCAGUGAAGAGUGAGCAGUCCGGUUCAGGUGUCACUGAGCUUCAAAAGCUUCUUGAUCUCAUUCAGACCGGUGUGGUCCCAUUUCACACUGGCUCUUCAUGCUCCCAGUCCCUUUCGCAAAGCUCUGAAGAUGAAAUCCAAAAAGAAGACGAGGCAGGUGGCAGCAGAGCCAGCAGCAAAGGGGAAUUACCCGACUGCGUCCAAGACUGGAAGACAGCCGACUCGGGCGCUGUCGUGAAUUUGAGAGACAGUGAUUGGGAGAGAGUUGAAAUUGAAAUCACUGAAAAGCAUACAGAUGUGUCUGACAUUGGUAGAGAGCUGCUUGACUUCAAAACUGAACAUUUGAAUCUAACCUUUGUAUGUGGAGACAAACUAGAAAACUCCAGCUUUCAAAACGAGGCCGGCAGAGGUGUGGGUCUGAAAGAACUUGCAGAAAAUACGAGACGGGCUGUAAGUAAGGGUGACGACAGCUGCGUCAGUGAGACGUGUGAGAGUCCAGCGUGUGAGGGGGUUACAGAAAACACUACAGGUUCUCAGGAGAGAAAGCAGAGACAGGGUCGUCGAUCGGGGAAGCAGUGUAAGCUUGCCCUCACAUUCACUCAGAACUGCCCCACUUCUUCGUUAAACAGUUCAGACUAUUUAAGCACUACAGCUGAUGUCAAAGACAAUGAUAUGAACAGAGUUAACUCAGAUACUUUCAGUCCUGCUCACGGCACCAGUUGUGAUUUUAAACCAGGCUUGGACCUGCUUCCCAGCUCUGAUUCUGAUGGACAGUCACAGCUGCCGGCUUCCCUUGUUUUGAUAGAAAUGGGUCGCUUCACUCAGACAGAACCUCGGGACUUUGCUCUUCUCUGGCGCCUCAAUCGUCCCAACAGUUCUGGUGACACAGCCGUGCCUGUGGGUGGACAGUCCAGCGACAUCAACGUCACGGAGGGUAAUUCAUCCCGUUUCGUGCCUCGGCCCUCCGCUGCAGCACUCGCAGACCAGGUCCCGUACCGCGGGGUGCACGAGAAAGGCACUCAGGUGGAGGAGAAAGAGCUCGGGGUGACUCAAGACCGGCUUGGGAGCCUGCGCAUUCUCAGCUGCCAUUUUAAGCUGGUUAGUUUUGACACGUUGGAGGAUCUGUAUGACAAGUGCCACCAGGACUUAGAGUGGACUACCAACCUGCUGCUGGACUCUGGAGAGAGGUUCUUUAAGGAGGAGGAGGAGGAGGUGGAGGCGCACGGUGCAGCUGAUAAAAACAACACUACGUCCGGUCCAGGUGAAGGUUUAUGUGAAAAUAUAGAAGCUGUUAAAUGUCCCGACGCAUCAAAUCAACAUGAAGACCGUCUGAAAGGAGAGCAAACUGGGCUCAAAGAGGACAUCCUUCAGUCAACGUGUGGGAAUGAAGGAAAAGGAAGCAUGGGGGUGUUUUCUAAAGGUGCAAACGAGGAACCGUCAAGUACAACUCCAAAUUUAGGGCAAGCUCUUCAAACAGAACUUAACCUCCCAGAAGCAGAGAAGGAAUCAAAACAGAGCAUCAGCACUGACCACAAGGUGACGUCAGAGCCUGGUCCAGGAGGAGGAGCUCGGGUUGGGGGCGUGAAUAACGAGGAGGAAAUCACCGACGAGUCGAGGACCAACAUUCAGGAUGAGAUCGCCAGCAUGGAUGAGAUUAAUCGGCUGCUGCAGGCUGAACUCGAGGAGCUCGAGUCGGAGACUGAGCAGAGGAAAAUGCAGAGAUGCAGCCUGGAAAUUCAGACUGUGGAGCUCAAACUGCCCACUGAGCUGGCUCUACAGCUGACGGAGCUGUUUGGUCCCGUCGGAGUAGACCUGGGUACAUGCUCAGCAGAUGACUUUGCCGUGCAGAUGGACCUGAAGCUGGCAAAGCUGCUCCACCAAAAGUGGAAGGAAACUAUUCAGGAAAAACAAAGACAAGCUACUCUUUCUUUUCACUUGCUUCAGCAAAGUUCCGGAAGACGGUUUGAUGAACCACGAGACCGGACGCACCCAGCUAACUUCUCAACGCGCAAAGAUGGUGAUAAGUCACUGGUCGGCCAGCCAGAGGCCAGUGGUCAGAUGCCAGUCAUGGACCACUGGAAUGUGUCCCGUCCACAGGUUUCUCUCAGAGAUAUUAUAAAAGAGGAGCAGGUUUUGCAGGAGAAUAUGCAAAAGACCAGACAAAGCCGUGCUGACCUUGACCGCUGGGAUGGAGCCACGUUGUUAAAGGAGAAGCAACUGUUCUCACUGUUCCCCACCAUUGACAAGCAUUUUCUCCAGGACAUCUUCAGAGAUCACAAUUACAGCCUAACCCAGACAGAGCUGUUUCUUCGCUCGCUCCUGAACGAGGAACCCGUGAAGACCGUCGUCGCUCCAGAACCUCCUCAGUCUGACCGCCACAGAGCAGCCAGCAGAGAAAGAGAAAAGAAGCAGAGGCACCCGGAGGCAACUGUACCCAGAUACCAGGACACCGAGGACCCAGAGUACGAAGACUUCAGGGCUGAGGCCUGCCUUCAGAGGAAGCGGCAGCUCGAGAGUUUCGCRAAAGCCUCAGAGGCCUACAAGCAGGGGCGCAAAGAAGUGGCCUCGUUUUAUGCACAACAGGGACACUUGCAUGGCCAGCGGGUGCGUGAAGCCAAUUACAGAGCAGCAGUUCAAAUCUUUGAGCGGGUCAACUCGUCGCUUUUGCCCAGAAACAUCCUGGACCUCCACGGGCUGCAUGUGGACGAAGCCCUGGAACAUCUGGCUCAGGUCUUACACGACAAAACUGCAGAUUUUGAGCAGGGUCUUUGCCAGCCCCAUCUGUCUGUCAUCACAGGAAGAGGGAACCACAGCCAGGGGGGAGUGGCCCGCAUCCGCCCCGCUGUUAUAGACUACCUCACCAACAAACACUACAGGUUCACUGAGCCAAAGCCAGGCCUCGUGUUGGUCUAUUUGAAGUGAAAAGACCUCGUCUGUGCUGCUGCGGAGAAUAACUCCCUUCAUCUCAGCUUCUCUAUUUCCCAAUACAAGUAUAGACGUUUCUAUGCCACGUACAAGCUCCGUCAGUUCUUCUAUUUUUUUAUGACACUCUGUCCGUCUUCCUUUGUAACACAAAACACAAAUAUUUGGUUACACUGAUGGUAUUUUUAAUCUGUCUCCACUUUAUUCUAGAAUGUCCUCUUUAUAGAAAGGCACUGCAUUUGUAAGAAACACAAAAAAGGUAUUUUUGCAUAUAUACAUUUUAUCUUUACAACAGUUUUUAAAUGUAUAUUUGCCUUUUUAGGGUGAUAAAACACUGCAAAUAGUUGCUCUGCAUUGAGUUAUUUAUUAUUUAAUCUUUGAAUCGUCACCUUUUGAAUAUAUAUUCAAGAUUUUAUGGUACAUACUUUGCUCUCAGUUCAAGUUUUUAAAAGUGUUUUUAAGAUUAAAAAAAAAACGAUGCUUGCUUUGAAGGAAGAGACUGCUUUUCUCUGGGUUUUAGUGAGACCGAAGCACGACCGGAGCGUGAAAGUUUACAGAUCAUCAGAGGAGUAAACGACCUCAUUAAAGGGAUCGAGCAACCUUCAUCGUGACUUUUGUAGCGAUUUCUCUCCUGUUUGUUUGAACACCUGACAUGUUCAAAAACUGUUAGCUGUUAAUACACAGAUACUCUGACUCAGGUGACCACCAGUAUUACGCUCCUGCUGACUAUAGGGUCAAAAUGAUCCGAGAGGAUUCACUUUACAAACUGGGGCCUCCUGGGUAAUUUUGACCCAAWGGCAGCAGGAGGGUUAAGUGUUUCUCUCUUUUGAGGCCAGUCGAUUGUUUGCAGCCCAUUCCUGGUAGCUUUUUUUUAAAACUGCUUUGUGCCAAAUGUUCUUGUAAUGUUAAUCUUCCAAAAAAAUGUUUUAUAGCUUGAAAAUGUCUCCAUGUUUAAUUACUAAUGUGAUAUAUUGUUAUAUAUUUUCAUAAAGCUCAGAUUUGAUGAAAAUUUUUGAGCAAAGAAGGAUUUAAAAAAACUUUUUGUUUGUAAGGUUUUUUUUUUUUUUUA